GCUCGGUCGCUACGUAGCGACCGAGCGGGACGAUCGCUCGGUCGCUAUGUAGCGACCGAGCGGGACGAUCGCUCGGUCGCUGCGUAGCGACCUGUUUCGAGCUUUUCGUCGGACAUCUCGAUUCUUUCUUCCGUAGAGCUUUUUCGUAAGAAAGAGUCUAUUUCGAAAAAUACUCUUCGGAGAGAUUCUUAUUUUCCUCCUCGGACGUUUUGAAUGUUAAAUUCGUCGUAACCGUUUUUGACCCCAACAAUGAAGUUUGUGUAAGGUUCUAGAUCGUAUUGUGUAUUCAUUUUAUUAUUGUGUCCUUUUCGUGUUAUCUUUGCUCAUCAAUUACUUAUUCUAAUAUGUUUUUUGUUAUAUAUUUUAUUGGUUAAGUUGUGUAUGUUAACCUCUAAGAGAUCCUACGAUAAAAAAAAUCUUCAACUAAGUUAGAAAUAAUUUUUGGUGCAUAACGUAUGUUUCAUUCUGCAUUUAAUAUUAUAUUGUGUUAUUUUGUUACAUGAUGCUGAUUUAAAUUUAUAUUAUUCAGUGAUAUGUGUUUCACAUGUAUGUUGUGGUCUAGGUAUGCAAGCAAGUAUUCAGGGCCGCCCUCGGCUAAAGCCUAUGAAACAAGGGCUUUAGGCGCCAGGAAGUAUAUGAUUAUCGGGAGCAAUAAAAUUUUAGUAAAUCUAUUGUAGUGUAUGGUGUUGUGCUUAUCUAUCUGUUUUAGAGGUAGCGGGUUCAACAUCUCCCCUAUUCUAUUUCCUUUUAUUUUUGGGAAAUUUGCCAAUAUGGAACUAAAUCUCUAAAGUAUUGUCCCCUUAGAACUAAAUUCUCUAACCUUGUCCGUAUAGAAUUAAUUCUUGUCCCUUUAGAACUAAUACUGUGUGAAUCUACUGUUUUGUCCUUUUCUUUAUAAUAUAGUUAAUAAAAUUUUAAAAACUAUAUGAAUUAAAAAGGAAAUACUUAAUUAAAUAAAAAUAGGACAAUUUUUUCCCAACUCUCGGUCCCGUUCUCUCCGACUCUCUUUCCCAAUCGAGAGACGAUUUCUUUCUCGCCGGCGACACCUUCCGCCUCUGAGAUUCUUGGUUCGUCGGAGAGCUUCAACGAGGAGUCACAUCGCUUCUCCCUCCUCCUUCGUAUUUCCUCUGUUAGUGCCACCGGCUAGAUUGUCGUUCUUAUCUCCGCCGCCGCCGACGAUCGAAGCUGCUCAAGCUCGGGAGUAGCUUCUCCGCCCCGAUUAAGGACGAUUAGUUGUUUUCUUUUGCUCUUCCUUCAUCUCGGUUCUGACAAUUUGAAGGUUAGGCUUUGAAAUCCCCUUUACGAUUUUGUUUUUUUUUGUUUGUUCUUUAUGUUUAUUUGCAUGUACUACAAAUUGUACUAGAUAGAGAGUUAGUUUAAAACACAAAUCGAAACAAGUUUAUGGUUUUCAGAUGCGGAAUGUGGUUGAGUGGGGUGUGAGAUUGGCUUGUUGUUGAGGUGAUUUUGAGUUCUAGUUUGUUUGGUAUCGGCUUUAUUAAGGUUUAGAAUUCAUAAUAGACUUGAAAAAGCUAAUGACUUUGACAUGCUUUAGACAUCGAUUUUCCAUACUUGUUUUGGGAUCGAGUUUGUUAUUUGAAUUGAAUUUGUCGAUAGUGUGUAGUCUUUUGUUAUUCAUUUGGUGCGUAGCUUUGACUCUGUUUUAUUUUAGAGGAAAACACAUUUGCUAGUUGAUUAUAUUUUGUUUCGAUUUGUGUUUCUAAGUAGUUUUGAAUUGUAAAAAACUAGUUAAAUGUGAGAUGGUUAUAUUUGGUUCGCUGUUAACUUAUGGAAUUCAUGUUUUUUAGGAAUGGCUCACCAGUUUCCUAAACGCAUUCUUCAAGAAGGUGCUGAGACGCAGAUGGAUAAGAUUAACAACACAUGUAGAAGGACGCUUCUGAAGGCGGUAAAGGUGGCUCUGAAAGAUGAGUAUGAGGAAGUUUUGAAAGACCCUGUCUUCGGGCCUCUUCUGGCGAUCAUAGAGAACAACCUCAUCUACUCAGGGAAGAUUAUUCACAGCUUCAUGUGCAAGCAGCUCAGGGUUUCCAAGCUUCACGAGCUGUGGUUUAUUUUUGCGAAGAGGCCUCUUAGGUUUUCUAUGCAAGAAUUUUAUGCUGUGACUGGAUUGAAGUACAAAGAGGAACCCGACGUAGACUUCAUUAACUGGAAGAAUGAUAAGGGGUUCUGGGCUAAUGCGCUGAAGACCAAUGCGAAGAUCAACUUAUAUACUAUAAGGGAUGAGCUCCUUAAGGUGUGUAACGAGUGGUCGUAUGUGGACAGAGUGAGGUUAGUGUAUCUGUCCAUUAUACAAUCAUUCCUCAUGGCUAAGGAUUGGAAAGUGUAUAUCCCUCAAGAAUACAUCCGCUUGGUGAUGGAUUUUGAGAAAUUGAGGAUGUAUCCUUGGGGUCUUCGCGCUUAUGAUGAGCUGAUUGCAUCAAUACUCAGAGCAAGAGAAGAUGUGCAUACGAAGAACAGCUACGUGUUGGAUGGAUUCUCAUAUGCGUUUCAGAUAUGGAUUAUGGAGGCAAUUCCAGACAUUGGUUCUAUGGUGGGUAAAAAAAUAAAAAAAAACGUGAAGAAAAUGAGAUGUAGGAAUUGGAAAGGUAGUGGUAAAGUAUCCUACCAAGAUAUCACCAGCCUAGAGUCCCACUUUGAUAAGGGAGAGCUGUUCACAUUUAUAUCAUCUACUGGUGAUUUCGAUGUGAUUGCUGAUACUGAGUUCCUUAGGGAAGAUGAAAAGAAGGACGAAAGAGUUGGUCGUAUUGUUGAAUUGAUCAAUGCGAAACAAGACUGGACGCAUUUCGAUUGGGAAGUUGAGUCUUUGCCUGCACAUAUGGACCUUUCUGAUUCAGAACAAGAUGAACCGGCUGAUGUUGCAGAAGAACCGUCAGCUGUUGCAGAGGAACCGACUGUAGUUGCAGGGGAACCGGCUGUUACUGCGAAAAGAGGCAAGCGCAAGCUAAUUGAUCCUGGUGCCGAGUCUCGAAAGAAACAACUGCUUUGUCAAUGUGCGGCUGAACACAACAGUGGGGUCUCUAGUGAAAUGAAGACCUUCAUUGAAGGUUUGUUCACCGCUUCUUUCAACUCUUUUAAGGAAGUGGUGCAGAAGGACAUACAUGAGCGUUUUGACAACGUUGCCAAUGAGGUGGCUCAACUCAAGGAACAAGUCUCUCAGCUUAAGGGUCUAUCGGAAACAGUGGGAAAAGGCAACACAUCUGAGAUUCUCUCUCCUUCAGCAACAAUUGGAAAAGACCAAGGACCAUCAUCUCAUAGUACGGGUCCUCCCGCAGCAAAGGGAAAAGGCAAGGCAUCUGCAAAUGUGGAUCCUCCUCCGGUUCGUCGUAGCCCUCGGCCAGUAAGAGAGGUAACCAAAAAAUGAAGCUCUGUGUAUUUUGCUAUGUCGACUCUUUUGAUGUAAUGUCCUUGUAUUGUAAUAUGUAAUAUAUCGGCUUGUAUGAACUAAUGAUGAUGACUUGUGGGAUUGACUAUUUUGUAAUGUACUUUUCUAUAUUUUGCUAUGGACUGUCUUUUUAGUAUUAAUGUUA